AUGUCUAAAUUAUUAUUUUCUCUCUUCUUGAUUUUUUCUAUUAUUAGUGUUACUUUUGGUAAUAUAGCUGUACCUCAUAUCCCAAUGAAUAUUCCAGAUAGAAAUUCAAAAAAUGAGAAUGUUCCAAACAAUUUGGUAUAUAAACAAACAUACUAUGCUCCACCAAACGUUCAAACACCAUCAAAAUUACCAAUUUCAAAUCAGCCUCCACAAACUCAAUCACCACAAACUCAGUCACCACACGUUAACACUAAUCCAACUUACCAAUCAACAACCAAACCACAAAAUGAUAAUAAUAAUAAUAAUUACAAUAAUAACAAUAGCAAUAAUAAUACUAAUAAUAAUAAUAAUAAUAAUAAUAAUAAUAAUAAUAAUAAUAAUAAUAAUAAUAAUAAUAAUAAUAAUAAUAAUAAUAAUAUUAAAAAUAAUAAUAAUAAAAAUAAUAAUGAAGUAUAUAAUAAUUUAAGAGCCUCCAAUUCUAAUACAUAUACCCCAAAUAAACCAGUAAUGGUAACAAAAACUUUUUCCAAUGAAACACCAAUUAGACAAACACCCCAACCAACACCAAGUCUUCCAAUAACAAGAGAAACAAUUACCAGAGAAUCAAUCACAAGAGAACCAAUUACUAGAGAACCAGCUACCAGGGAAUUAAUUACAAAUGAACCACAAAAUCAACCAACAAAUAGACCACAAAAUUAUAGUGAUAAUAAUAUCCAAGAACGUCAAGCAUCGCCAAGAGUUUACCAAACUGAACAACCAAAAUCAUCAGCCAAUACUACUCCUGCAUUUUCUAAUACUCCUUCAAAUUCCCAAUUUUCAAAAUCAAACUCUCAAAUUUCUUCCCAAACCCCAGCCCUUUCCAAACCUUCAAAUUGA